AUGAAACACCAGCACCCUACGAAGAAUGACCAUCUGGUUGGGGUCGUGGAUAUGGGAAGCAAUGGUAUCCGAUUCUCCAUAUCCGAUCUCUCUCCUCCCACGACGCGAAUUCUGCCCACGGUAUACUUCGAUCGAGCGGGCAUCUCACUGUACGAGGCUCAAUAUGACCCGGAGACAGGGAAGAAAAUCCCCAUCCCGCGACAUGUCAUCCGAGCCGUAACCGAGGAGUUCCGACACUUCGCCCUGGUCUGUAAGGAGUUUGGGGUUCGAAAGCAUCGGAUCCGAGUCAUUGCCACCGAAGCGACGCGGACCAUGAUCAACUCGAAGGAGCUCAGGGACCAUAUCAAGGCCAAGACAGGUCUGGUGGUCCAGAUGCUGUCCAAGGAGGACGAAGGUAAUGUCGGCGCCAUGGGCAUUGUCAGCAGCUUUUCCGAGGUUCGUGGACUGGUCAUGGAUCUCGGAGGAGGCAGUGCUCAAAUCACCUGGAUCAUCUCGACCGACGGCGUCGUGCGGACCAGUCCCAAAGUCGCAAUCUCGUUCCCUUACGGUGCGGCGGCCAUCACGAAACGACUGGAGGAGUGUGCAAAUUCCAAUGAACCGGAAAAGGCAAAGGAGGAGUUCCGCAUCGAGAUCGUAGAGAACUUCCGUCAAGCUUUCAAGGACCUGGAGAUCCCUCAGGAGCUCAAGGACCAGGCGGAAAAGGACGGCGGCUGGCAUCUCUAUCUUUCAGGCGGAGGGUUUCGGGGCUGGGGAUAUUUGCUACUGAAUCAAUCCCAAAAGCACGGCCUUCACUAUCCCAUCUCCAUCAUCAACGGGUUCAAGGUAUACAAGGACGAGCUCACGAACACGGAAAAGCUGAAAGAGGUGGCCCGCAAGGCCGAGAAGAUCUUCCGUGUCUCUGAUCGCCGGAGGUAUCAAGUCCCCGCCGUUGCAUUUCUGAUCAACGUUCUCGCCAACACAUUGCCCAUUGGCAUCUCUGUCGCUCGGUUCUGCCAGGGCGGCGUACGAGAGGGCCUUCUAUUCCGCGAUUUGCCGCCGUCGAUUCGAGCACUGGACCCGAUAGCCGUAGCUUCAGCCCCAUAUGCACCUCCUUCCGCGGCACACUUUAAGACGCUGCUCCUGAAAGGCUUGCCUGCUGCAUCUCCAUCCAUGGGCAAAGCUGUGCCGGAAACGAUCACCCAACACAUCAUUGAGAGUCUGGCAAACUUGUCCUUUCACCAUGCUUCUUUGAGCAAGGAGACGGCAUCGGUAGCCGCAUUGUACUGCACAACUACCGGAAUUCUGGCUUCGGCUCAUGGUCUGUCGCAUACCUCUCGCGCUCGUAUCGCCCUGAUGCUCGAGAACCGGUAUGAUGGCGAACUGCCUCCGCGAGAGGAACUGUUCAAGUCCCGACUGUCCGAUCUGCUCACCCCUGAGGAGAUCUGGUGGGGCAACUAUGCCGGAGUUCUGAUGUGGCUGAUCGGCCAGUUCUAUCCGACGGGCAGGGUCGGCGCAGAACCCAAAAUGUGGCUGUCGGCGCGGUUCGCCAACAAUCUCGGGAAAAGCGGCCAGAAACAAGGCGUCGAGCUUACCAUCUCCGUGCCUCGCUCCGGAGACGGGGAAAGACAUGCUACACCGGCGGAUUCGUCGGAAGACGACGAAGGCUCUCUGAUUGGCAGGCGACGCAUGCAAAAGUACGCGAAGCGCGUGGCCAAGGUGGGCAAGAAAAAGCAUUGGGUCGGGGGGAAGGAUGGAUGGGGCAUGAAAGUUCAGGUGUUGGUUGCCGAACACUUGAGCCCCUGA